AUGGAGAAGCGAGAAAUGGGAAUGGGAGUGUUUGGAGUAGAACAAGAAAGCGGAGACAGUCGCUUGGGAACGAAGGAGGAGACGCUCCACAUGAGGGAGGUCACGGACCUGAAAAUGAUGUGGGAGGUCGAACUUCAGCUAAAGGAAGUAAGAGGAAGAAGAAAAGUCGUGACUAAUUGGGAAAAGAGAACGGAGGGAGGAGGAGGAGGAGGAGGAGAGGAGGAGGAGGAGGAGAAGAAAGAGUGUGCUUUAAAAACAAGAAAGGGAGAAGAAGAAGAAGAAGAAGAAGAAGAAGAAGAAGAAGAAGAGCAAGGCUUAGUUCUGGAAGAUGAAAUAACCGCGUCUGAAAAGAUGGAAGUUUUCAAGACUUAG